AUGGACCCCAACAAGAUCACGUCCAAAGUGGCGGAGAUGGUGAAUGCGGCCCGGGACCUGGCCCUCGAGUCCUCCCACCAGCAGAUAACGCCCUCCCACCUGGCCAUAGCGAUGCUGGAUGACAGGCAGGGCGUUCCUGCCCAGGCCCUGGCCCGCGUCGGGGGCGAGGAGGCCGUGGCCUCCGUCCUCCGGGUGCUGAAGAAGGGCCUGGUGCGGCAGCCGGCUGUCGACCCGCCCCCCGACGAGGCGUACCUCAGCAACGACCUCAAGAAGGUGUUUGCCACCGCCACCAAGCUACAAAAAGCCAAGGGCGACGGAUUCCUAGGCAUCGACGUCGUGUUUGAGGCCCUGCUGGGCAACAAGGUCGUGGCCGCCGCGCUGGCCGAGUCCGGCGUGGGCAAGGCCCAGGUGGAGACGGCGCUGGCCGACUCGCGCUGCGGCGCCACCGUGGACUCGGAGACGGCGGACACCCAGUUUGACGCGCUGGGAAAGUAUGGCAUGGACCUCACCGCGCGCGCCGCGGAGUUGGACCCCGUGAUCGGGCGUGACGACGAGAUCCGGCGCACCAUCCGCGUGCUGUGCCGCCGCACCAAGAACAACCCGGUGCUGAUCGGGGAGCCGGGCGUGGGCAAGACCGCCAUCGUGGAGGGCCUGGCCCAGCGCAUUGUGCGCGGCGACAUCCCGGAGACCCUCAAGGGCGUGAGGCUGAUCUCGCUGGACAUGGGCUCGCUGGUGGCGGGGGCCAAAUACCGCGGCGAGUUCGAGGAGCGGCUCAAGGCGGUGCUGAAGGAGGUGCAGGACGCUGCGGGGCGCGUCAUCCUGUUUGUCGACGAGCUGCACACCGUGCUGGGCGCGGGCAAGACCGAGGGCGCCAUGGACGCGGCCAACCUGAUGAAGCCGCUGCUGGCGCGCGGCGAGCUGCGCAUGAUCGGCGCCACCACGCUGGCCGAGUACCGGGAGGGGGUGGAGAAGGACGCGGCCUUCGAGCGCCGCUUCCAGCAGGUCAUGGUGGGCGAGCCCUCCGUGGCCGACACCGUGCAGAUGCUGCGCGGGCUGAAGGAGCGCUACGCCAGCCACCACGGCGUGCAGAUCGCGGACCGCGCGCUCGUGGCCGCCGCCACUCUGGCGGACCGCUACAUCACCAACCGCUUCCUGCCGGACAAGGCCAUCGACCUGGUGGACGAGGCCUGCAGCGACCUGCAGGUGCAGCUGGAGUCCAAGCCCGAGGCCCUGGACCGCAUGGAGCGCGCGCUGAUCGGGCUGCAGGUGGAGGCCAAGGCGCUGGAGAAGGAGAAGGACAAGCAGAGCGUGGCCCGCAGCGCGGAGGUGGCCGCCGAGAUCGCGGCCCUGCGCGACGAGCUGCAGCCCCUGCAGAUGCGCUACCAGAAGGAAAAGGCGCGGCUGGAGGAGAUCAAGGCGCUGCAGAAGAAAAAGGAGGAGCUGAGCAUCCGGCUGGAGCAGGCCGAGGCGCGCAUGGACCUGGCCAUGGUGGCCGACAUCCGCUACGGCGCGCUGCAGGAAGUGGGCGAGGCCCUGCGCGCCAAGCUGGAAGCCGCGGCCUCGGGCGACAGCAUGUUGUCGGAUGUGGUUGGGCCCGAGCAGGUGGCCGCCGUGGUCUCCAAGUGGACCGGCAUCCCCGUCACCAAGCUGCAGUCCACCGACCGGGAGCGGCUGCUGAACCUGGAGGCGGAGCUGCACGGACGGGUGACGGAGCUGGCCAAGGCGCUGGCGGCCGCACUCUUCGACAGCGAGCGCGAGAUGGUGCGCCUGGACAUGAGCGAGUACGGCGAGCGGCACAGCGUGUCGCGCUUGGUUGGCGCGCCGCCCGGCUACGUGGGCCACGACGCGGGCGGGCAGCUGACCGAGGCGGUGCGGCGCCGGCCUUACUGCGUGGUCCUGCUGGACGAGGUGGAGAAGGCCCACCCCGACGUCAUGAACCUGCUGCUCCAGGUGCUGGACGAUGGGCGGCUGACCGACUCCAAGGGCCGCACCGUCUCCUUUGCCAACACGCUGCUGGCCCACUUCCGGCCCGAGUUCGUCAACCGCAUCGACGAGCAGGUGGUAUUCGAGCCGCUGACCCGCGACCAGCUGCGCCAGGUGGCGGCGCUGCAGGUCGCCGAGCUGGGCGGGCGCCUGGCCGAUCGCGGGGUCACCCUGACCGCCACCCCCGCCGCGCUGGACUACGCGGUAACCCAGUCCCACGACCCAGCCUACGGCGCGCGCCCGCUGCGCCGCUGGCUGGAGCACGCCGUGGUGACGCCGCUGAGCCGCAUGAUCGUGGGCGGGGAGCUGCCGGACGACUCGCGCGUUACGCUGGACUGCCCCGACCCGGCCACGGGCCUGACCUUCGACGUGCGGCCCGAUGCGGAGGCCGCCGCCGCGCGCGCCGCCGCCGCCGGCAGCCGUCCGGGAAGCUCGGCCAAGAAGCUGCGCCUGACCGACCGCGCGCUGGAGAACGGCAUGGACCUGGACUCGGAGGACGAGGAGGAGUGA